AUGAGGACAACCAACUUUCUCGUCGCUACUGUUACCGUCGCUAUAGCCCUGGUCGCCGUGGAGGCACUCGGCGUGUGGACGCCGAUAUCGAAUCCGACGGACGAGCACGUCAAGGAGAUUGCCAAGUUCGCGAUCGAGACUUACAACACGCAGAGCGGGGCCGAUCCACCGUUGAGACUCGUCAGCGUGAACGGUGGCGAAAAGCAGUUUUCGGCGACCCUUGGGACAAAGUACAAGCUUAAGGUGACGACGGAGAAGACCGACGGCAGCGGAGUCGGUGAUAUGAAGCCCAUUACGUUUCUCGUGGCUAUAACUACCGUUGCGGUCAUUCUUUCCACUGCUAGGGCAAAACCCGGAGGGUGGCAGUCGAUCAAGAACUUAAACGAUGAGCGCAUCAAGAUGGUCGCCGAGUAUGCAGUUUAUGUGCACAGCUAUCAGAAUAAUUUCAAGCUUCCGCUGAGACUCGUAAGCAUCAGAAGCGGCGAGGUCCAGUUUGUGGAUGGUGUGAACUACAGGCUCAUCAUGACUGUAGUUCCGUUCGGUAGCCCCAACUCCGAGGGGAUUGUCUACCGAACGAAAGUUUAUGUGAGCCUUGAUCGUAGAGACGCGAGGCUGAUAUAUUUCACACCUAUAUACAAUGGAUUAAAUUAA